AUGAAUAAAGACAUGUUUAUAUUCCUGGAGAGCAAUCACAGAGCAGUCACAGAGCAGUCACAGAGCAGUCGCAGAGCAGUCGCAGAGCAGUCGCAGAGCAGUCGCAGAGCAGUCGCAGAGCAGAGCAGUCACAGAGAAAUCACAGAGCAGUCGCAGAGCAGUCGCAGAGCAAUCGCAGAGCAGUCGCAGAGCAGCCGCAGAGCAGUCGCAGAGCAGUCGCAGAGCAGUCACAGAGCAGUCACAGAGCAGUCACAGAGUAGUCACAGAGUAGUCGCAGAGCAGUCACAGAGCAGUCACAGAGUAGUCACAGAGCAGUCACAGAGUAGUCGCAGAGCAGUCGCAGUGCUGUCACAGAGCAGUCGCAGAGCAGUCACAGAGCAGUCGCAGAGCACUCACAGAGCAGUCACAGAGCAGUCACAGAGUAGUCGCAGAGCAGUCACAGAGCAGUCACAGAGCAGUCACAGAGCAGUCACAGAGCAGUCACAGAGCAGUCACAGAGUAGUCACAGAGCAGUCGCAGAGCAGUCGCAGAGCAGUCGCAGAGCAGUCGCAGAGCAGUCACAGAGCAGUCGCAGACCGGUCACAGAGCAGUCACAGAGCAGUCUAG